UCAACACAUGUCGUUCACCUUCACCUGAUUUGCUAGGAGCGCUACUAGUUUAGCGCGACGUAAUUUCCGCAAACGGCAUCGCCUAUUGGUCGGAACAGGGCGUGUGUUUUUCAAUGAGGGCGGAAAAAAUGGAGAGGAGAUCCAGGCGAGUGUAGAGUACACACUCUGAGCUGCUGGAGAGAUGAAGGCGCUUAUAUACGGGUUCUACGUUGCGGCUCUCGCGCUGCUGCUGACGGGGCUGCGCGAGCUGCUGUUCGGCUUCGAGGAGAACCGGUGCAGCAUGACCUACAUGUUCGAGUAUCCCGAGUACCGGCGUGUCCAGCUCCCACGACGAGUGGCACGUCAGUACCCUGCCUAUGGACUCUACCUAUAUGGUGAAGGUCUGUACGCUCAAGAAACUCAAAAUCUCAAACUCAGCGGUGCUCCUGUGCUCUUCUUACCUGGAAAUGCUGGCAGCUACAAGCAAGCUCGUUCUCUGGGCUCCGUGGCAUUGAGGAAAGCUGAAGGGUUGGAUGGAGAAAUCCAUCUGAACGUCUUCACCAUCGAUUAUAAUGAGGAGCUGGUGGCCCUGUAUGGUGGAAGCCUGAUCCGGCAAACUCGCUUCCUCCAUGAGAGCAUCAAGGUCAUCCUGCAGCUUUACAAGAACCUUCCAGAUCCUCCGAGCAGUGUGGUGUUGGUGGGUCAUUCUAUGGGUGGUGUGAUCGCGCGAGCUCUGUUCUCCCUCCCUCGCUUUAAUCCUCGCCUAGUCAGCCUUAUCCUCACCCAGGCCUCUCCUCAUCAGGCCCCUGUUCUCUCCUUGGAUCCUUUCAUACUCGAUUUCUACUCGUCUGUCAGGCGGUGCUGGAGUGCCAGGGCAGAGGAUUUGCGUAACGUGACUGUGUUGUCUGUGGGCGGUGGAUACCGUGACUAUCAGGUUCGCUCAGGCCUGACCACCUUGACCUGCCCAGCUGAGGACCUGAACAAGAUGGUCGUUGUGGUGACUGCUGUUCCCAGGACAUGGGUGUCUACAGAUCACCUGUCCAUCGUGUGGUGUAAGGAGUUGGUGCUGGCCACAGUGCGAGCGUUCUUCGACCUCAUUGAGCCUGAAACGGGGCAGUUCACAAAGGAUACCGAGAGAAGGAUGUCUGUACUGAAUCAUCACUUCAUUCGCCACCCAGUACGGCUCCCUGGAGAGCAAAUCAACUCCCCUGUCAGCUUCUCAGGCACCCUGGAGGCCUGGAGUGAAGUGAACACGCUCCGUCUGUUCUACAGCGCUCCCAAGGAAGUUCGAGUUCAGUACUUCCUGUUUGCGCUUUCCAGCCGGAGGAAAGCCUACACACACUUCUACUGCCGCAACAGCAACCUGGAAAUGUCCAGCUGGCUCUUUGGCUGCACGCAAAUGAACGGCUCCGUGUGUGUGCAAGCAGUGGAUUUGUCCUUCAGAACAGAACUACUUCCAGCCUAUAAAGUCAGAAGUGUGAAACUGAGUGAGCUGUUUGCCAUCUCUCAUCUGGUCAUUGACGCCUCAAACCCCAAUGCACGACAGUUUAUAGUGGAGUGUGAGUGGCAGAGAGAGGAAAGCCUGACUGUCCCAGUACCUGUCCCUCAUGUUCUCUCUUUCGGUUUGACAGUAAGUGAGGUCACCAUCAACUCGUCCGGUCUACUGCACACACUACAACUGCAACACUUUCACCAGGUUUAUCAGGCCUUUAAAAUCACAGUAAACAGCCAAUGCAAGGUCACCAAAGAAAGACUUCCCAGUAUCUACAGAUUAAAGGUGCCGUGGUUUCGAGAGGAUUCCUUCAUCACAGCAAGCAUUCCCUCAGUCACAGAGAUUAGUGGCAUGCUGCACACCAGUCGCCAAGACAACACCUCAAGUGCCCUUUUAUUGCUCCACACUGCUCCCAACUGCCAGUACAAGGUCUCAGUGCGCGCCUCCUUCCCUAAAGUACUCGGACAGAUCCUGCGUUUCUGUGGACCUGCGUUGCCUGUGUAUGUGGCUGUGGCGUUGCUGCUCGCUUUAAAGAGUCAAAUGUCUUCUGUCCUGCGAACGGGUCGAGCCGUGAACACGAGAGACACUGUAGCUAAAGGUUUACAGCUACAUAAACUAGAGCCUCCUGUCCUGCUGCUGCACCUGUUCCUCAGGCAAGGCUGGUUUCAGGAAGGCUGGUCUGCUCUUGGUCUCCCUGCAGUAGACCUCUUGUCUUUAACCACAUUGGAAGACCUAUCCCAUGAUGUAGUGGGGCCUAAGCAGGACUGGCCCCGCCUUGUUUCACCACUGCUGUGCAUUCUGGGUGCUGCAGUGGCGUUUUGGGGAAGUGCUGUUCUCAGCAUGUUUUUACGCGCCCUGUCUUUCCUCUUGGCUCCACUGCACAGGCCUUCAGUCUCUCGCCAUUGUGGCACCCUUCAUCUUCCCGCUCAGAUCCUCCUCAUCCUCAGUCUGACUGCGCUGGGCAGACUCACCUGCGGAGCCCUUUCAGUCACCGCCGGCUUUCUGCUCCACCUCUACCGGGUUCUCCGCUUACAGAUGACCGAGAGGUCUUUAAGUCACAUGCUGAACCUGGCACCACAAAGUAUGCAGCAGAACACAGAGAACGGCUGCAGCACUAGUGAAGGCCAGAGGAAGCAUAAUGAAUGUAAUGGCACCCCACUCCUAUCUGAGUCAGCACUACAGGAGGUCAGAGAUGACUUGCAGCUUCACCAGAAUGUGUCUGCACUGCUUACUCUACCUGUGAUGCUCAGCGCACCGUCGCUCAUCUACUGGAGCCGAAACAUCAGAUAUUCGGCUCAUUUGGAUCCAGACCCAUUCUGGCCACACACAUUGCCUCUGCUCAUCGCCUCUGUGCUACUCGUCAACUGCAAUACGCUCACUCUGAGCCACAGUAAGCUGAUGCUGUGGCUGACCUUGCGCCUACUGCUCCCUCUCAGUGUAGCCAUGUUGACCUUUUCUACUCUUCAUCUGUAUCGGGUCACUCACUUCCUCUCUGCUGCUCUGACGCUGCUGGCGGCUUCCUGUUACCUCUGACCCCAUCUCAACCCUCCAGACCAGACCAAAACAGCCUUAGCAUGUCCUUGCAUUGGUGGUUCUCUCACAGUGAUUCCAGUGGAUUUAAAUCAUGUGGUUGGUCAAGUGACAUCAUGCUGCUGAACAGGCUAACGGAGUCCCAUACUGAGUCACGCUGUCUCUAUUUAUUAACAUUUUCUCUUCGGGGUUGUGCUUACCAUAAACAUGGAACCAUAAUGGUUGACCAGCACUAGGCUCAGCCUGCUUAUUUUGCGUUUGCGUUUCUAUGCUUCUGGUUUUAGUAUCCAUUAGUUGAUUAUUUGUUUCGGGAGCUAGCAUGUCUUACCCAUCACAUCGUGUUAAACAGCACCAGUGAAGCACAUGGAUCCACAUGGUGGCAGUGCAUUCUCUUAUUAUUUGACAGUCAACACAACUAGCACAACCGCCUUCUGGAAAUAUGAACCUCAAAAGACAACAUCAACAAAUCCUAUAAUGUUUUUGUUUUUGUUUUUUGGGUUUUUUUUUUACAAGGAAAUUUUUUCAGUUUCUCCAAAUUUACCUCAAAUGUAGUCAGGAGAUCAGCCAGCAGAACAUGAUGAACAAUGUUCUGCUUUGGAGCUACAACCUGAUGCUGAGAUGUUGUAGACGCAGCUCUCUUGGAAAAUCAGAAUCAGUUUUUUCCUCCCAAUCCGCCUACUAUCCAUCCUAUAUAGUAUCCAAGAGUAGAAUUAGUAUGUCCCAAAUGGUAGUAUGUUGAAAUGAGCGUCCCAAGGGUACCCGGAUGGUCUGUAAUUUCCAGUAGAUUUUCAGAGGUAUGGAUCCUUGGAUGCUUUUUCAGUGAAUAUUUCCCACAACUCCUUGUGCAAGUGAGGGAGGAGUUUUGUGCUUUUUUUUUUUUUUUUUUUUUUUUUUUUUUUUUUUUUUUUUUUUUAAAAGAGGUUUUAGAGAGUGUAAAUGAAAUAUGAGAAAAUAAAUCAAGGGAAUGGUAAAUUAAAUGAUAUAGUAUAAAUGAUAUAAGGAAUUCUGAAAGACGGAAAGCUGAAAUGCAACGAGGAGUUUGUUUACAUUGCCAAUGUAACUGCGUAAUUGAGCAACAAUAUUCUCUUCCAUUACAUGACAUGUUGAUAUGUCCCAGUACUUACAUACUCUUUUGCUAGACACUCAAAAGUAUGUAGUUUUUCUUCAAAAAAGAAUACAUACUUUUAGUACAUCGUAUAAAUAGGCGAACUGGGACGCAGCAAGUUUCUUCCUCAGAAUAUUUUGGUAUCGCUUUGCCCACCUGUUCAGCUAAAGUGAUGCCUUUACAAAAUUCAAUUACUUAAUGUAAAGAUAUAUACAGACUUGUGGACAUAUUUCUGUAAAAAUUUUCACUUGAAAUGUUUGGAGCCUUGCAGCUCCAGUACAAAGCUAAAGAUGCAAACGUCGAGAAACUUGACUAAUCAAUUUGGGGUAAAUGGAGAAAACUGUUUAAAUCGUUAACAUGGCUUUUUUAGCUUACUCCACUUUUCACUGCUAGCCUACAUCACUGUCAUUUUGUUAUUUCCACUCUAGUGUAGAAUGUUAAUUUAUUUGUUUAUUUUUUUAGGUUUUGAAGAGUACACCUACAUGUACAGAAUUUAUUUGAGAAUGAAAGGUCCUUAACUAUUCAGGGCAGGACCUUUUGUUCAUUCAUGAAUGUGUCAACGUGUCUGUUGAAUUCAGACAUAGUUAAAGCCAUCUUUAUGCUUUAGAGUGUGGACAAAGCAAUGUGAUUGUUGUAAACAUGUCAGUAGGGCUCACAUUGCUCUCCUUUUCUCCCGUUACUCUUUAGACAGUGUGAGCUGCCACUGCAGGAUCUCUGCUGUCACUCCGUGUUUAGAAUCAGUACACACCAAAUCGUCCCACUCACUCACCCAAUCAGAUCAAUCAGAUUGAGAUCCAGUGCCUUUCUUCAUGCCCUGUUCACCAAUAAGGACAGAUCAUUGAUUGUCAAUCAGACCAGCGUUCAUGAUCUGCUUCAACACUCCAUUCUCUCAGAAAUACAAUAGGAAACUGAAUUUCUCUGUUAUGUCGGACCAAGUACCCAAAAACACAUUGCUCUGAGGAAUGACAUGCUGGUGUGUUGGCUGCACUGUGAAUGUACUGUGUGUGUGUGUGUGUGUGUGUGUGUGUGUGUGUGUGUGUGUGUGUGUGUGUGUGUGUGUAUGAAAGUGUAGGCCUGGAUGCUAAUCAGUGUUGCCGUACAUCGGUUUCUUCUUCCUUGUGGUGAAAUCUAAAUGCAAGCAGGUUUCUUUUUCUAGUGAAAUAUUUGCCAUGGGGUUUUGUAUAACUGUUGAUGUUUGUGAUUUUUUUUCUUAAAUUGGUGUACACCGUGACAUGCUGUGAUUGUGAUGUAUUUCUACACCAUCAGGUCUGACUAUGGCAAAAAGUUACCAUUUUACGUGGUGAAGAAUGAAAUUCUACACAAUUUCCCCCUUAACCAAAAGUGCAGUCAGUCGGCCGAGACACGUUUGGUAUCCAGUGUUUUGAUUAUUUAGUGUUGCAAUGGAGCGAAGUCAUACAGACUAGCUGGUGUGGAUUAGGACACGGUGCAACUUCUAUAAACAUGAACGAAACCUCACCGUGUAGCUCAACGCUCAUAGAGGACAGCCAUCUUGGAAAAACUGGUUUCAGAAGAGUCUGGUAUCAUUUCUCUCCUCUCAGCCCCCACCUCCUUGACUGUAUUGGACAUUAUGGAUGAUAAUAUGGUCUUUAAACUGAAAUGUGCUUUUGAAAUAUGGACUUUCCCAAUUAUAUUUACAAAUCCGUUUUAUUAAAAUUGAGGUUAUGUAGCUUAACAUUGCUAUUUGGAACAUGCAUAGGAAGUUUAAAAGAUUUCCAAAUUUAUUAUACCAUUAGCUUUAAAUGUCAGACACCAAACAUGUCUCAGCUUUUUGACUACACUCUGAGUAAAGGAGAAAUUGCCCAAAUUCAAACUAUUCCUUUAAUAAUUUGUUACCAUUUGCUCACUUAAAUAAGCGGUUCUGUGUGGAAACAGAUGCUGCUCUUGUGUAUUGUAGAAAUCUGGACGGACUGCCCCUGCAGUCUCCAAUGUGAAAAAAGAAUGGUUCACAACAAGAUCUAUUCUCCCAAAUGUCACUGAUCGGGAUCGAGUUCUUUAGAAAUAUUGAUGUUUUACUGUAAUAGUUUAAUUUUGUAACUACUAAAGCACAGUUGAGGUCAUGGGGCCAAGUUUACAUACAUCUUGCAGAAUCUGCCAAAUGUUAAUAAUUAAACUUUUUUUUUUUUUUUUUUUUUUUUAAAGGAUAAUAAAAAUGCCAUUGCAUUUGGUUUUUUAUUUAGUGCUGCCCAGAAUAAGCUAUUUCACAUAACAGAUGUUACUGAAUUUACACAAAUAAACCAGUGCAAACAUUUACAUUCACUUGAUUCUUAAUACUGCAUGUUGUUACCUGGAUGAUCAACGACUGUGUUUGUGUCGUCAUAGAUGUUCACAAGUCCCUUGUUUGUCCUGAGCAGUUAAAUCUCUGAUUUGGCUACAUCACUCUCCUCUUCUCUCCACCAAUAGCUGGUGUGUGGUGGAUAUUCUGGCGCAAUAGCUGCCGUCGUUUCAUCCAGGUGGAUGCUACACUAGUGGUGGUUGAGGAGAUUUCCCCUCCACACAAUGUAAAGCACUUUGACUAGAAAAGCGCUAUAUAAAUAUAAGGAAUUAUUAAAAGGUGCAAACAUUCACUGAUUCUCAAGAAAGCAACACGAUACAUUAAGAGCUGGGUGGUGUAAACUUUUGAACAGGAAGAUUGGUGUAAAUUAUUUUGUUUAAAGACACCCCCCCCCCCCCCCCCCCCCCAUUCAGUACUACCCUUCAGAAGCUACAUGAGAUAUUUCCAUGUUUCCCAGAAGAUAAAAUAAUACCAAUAACGAAUUCUGCAAGGCAUAUGUAAACUCAUGACCUUAACUGUAAGUUAGAGUUUGGUCUAGUAUACAACCAGCACCAUAUUUCCUGGAGAGAACCUUCUCUUUUUACACCAAUGUAGAUUUAACUCUUCACAAUACAAACAGCUAAAGCAAUAUGUCUGGUACGAAGGGUUUAAAUGUGGAAUUAAAGCUACAAGCGUUCUGGUCUGAAAUUUGAUGGAGGAAGUCAGAGUAAUUAGUGUGUGUGUAUAGAGAAUAUUUUUUAUUUAUUAUUUACUCGACUCGCAGCUCACUGCCUCAUGAACCAAAAUACUGUUGUGGCAUACCAAAAUUAGAUUAGAGUGGACACAACCUGCCAUACAGAUGACUUCGUAUAACUGUAUUAACCUGAAUGUAUGUGGUUUUUUUUUUUCCUAUUAAAAAAUUGACUGGUUUGGUAAGUUAUAGUGUUUAUUUAAAGUAAUCUGAUGUAUUACUGUUUUUGUGUUUUUUUUUGUUUUGUUUUGGUUUUUUUUGUUUUUUUUUUGGUGGUGGUGGUUUCCUUUCACUACUUUUUCACUUUUUUAAUACGUUUGUUAAGGUGUAUUGAACCAAGGCAUUGAAUCGAUCACCCCAUGUUCCUUGUUUAAGCUUUGUGUUUUACAGGACAGUAGUAAUGUUUUGUUCUCAUGAACAAAUUAGACACAUGUACAGAUUAAUCAUUUGAGUUGCUUUUCUUGAUUUGAAUAACAUUCUGUGCUAACAGACAAUGAAAGGCCUUUUCCUCGUGCCGCUCUUUUUAAAGCAGUAUCUGUAUACUGUAUAAGUACACAAUAUUCUCUAUGAAUGAAAGCUAACACUUUAUUAUUAUUAUUAUUAUGAUUAUUAUUAUUAUUAUUAUUGGUCCACUUGAAAUGAAACUGUCUUUAAGCUACAUCACUUGUGCUUAUUGUUGUCUUAAUGCAGCGACUAAACCUUUAUUUGUUAUUCAUCAAGAAUAUUUGUUAUUUGAUGUGAUACUGUAAAUGCUGCCAAUGACAGAAUAAGAAUGAAACAUGUCCGUUCUUUUUCUGAAGGGUUCUUGUAAAGGAUUUAUUGCUAUUUAGUGCUGGGCAGUGUAAGGGAGCAUUGUCUACUGUUUUGUUUUAAUACCAAUUUCUUGAAUCUAACAGAGUGUGUACGAUCAAACAAAGUAAAUGUUCAAAGCUGAGAGACUGAUAUAGUCCUGUAAUUAAUCAAGUGCAAGGCUACUGCUGAUUGUUGCCAAGGUUGAGUGACCAAGUGAACUUUAGUUCAUUCUCAGGAUAUAAAGUUGUUGUAAAGUUUUGUUGUGAAGCUGUGUGGUGGCUUUUAAUGUUAUUUUCAAAUUUUAUUUUAAAUAUGUGUGUGUAUAUAUAAGCUACACAUUUUAACUAAUGUUUACAUGAAAUUUGUGAGAACUGUUAAAAAAAAAUAAUAAUAAUAAUAAAAUGGUGAAUGAUUUGA